AUGGCGCCCUUCUACGAGUCGCUUGCAAAGCGAGCCCUGGAGACAGCAGACACACAUGUCGCCAAGCGCGAUCUGACCGUCAACCACACCCAGGCGGUAACUCUAGGGGUGAUGGCUGCAUAUGUGGUAGUGAUUGCGCUUUUAUGGAAUUUACCAUAUGUCCGGUGGUCAUUAUGGCCUUUUAAAAUGUUGGUGAUUGCGUUCCAUGAGUUCGGCCACGCUAUUACUGCAUGCUGCACCGGCGGCCGAGUCAAAUCUAUCUCCCUGGAUCCCCAUGAGGGAGGAGUCACGCACAUGCAAGGAGGAAUCAGCGCCAUCACACUUCCCGCGGGAUAUUUGGGUUCCUCGAUAAUCGGGGCCCUGCUGAUCUUCGCGGGGUUCAACAUCGUUGCGAGCAAGGUCGCCAGUAUUAUUUUGGGCGUCUGUUUCCUGCUCACGCUUUGGUGGGCCCGAAGGGACUGGCUAACCAUUCUCACGGUGCUUCUUGCGGUUGGGUUGCUUGUAGCAUGUUGGUUCAUUGCUCAUGGUGAGGCGCUUAGAUGGGUUGUGCUUUUUAUUGGUGUUAUGUCUGCGCUCUAUAGCGUCUGGGAUAUUUGUGAUGAUCUAAUCAUCCGCAAAGUGAAUACCUCUGAUGCCAGCGUCUUUGCUCAGCGUUACGGAGGAUCUUCCAGAUGCUGGGGAGUCAUCUGGUCCGUUAUCUCUCUUUUGUUCAUGGCUGUGGGCAUCAUUGCUGGGAUUGCCGCGUUUCCCCAAUCAUUCAGCCAACAACAGGAUGCUGCAAAGGACUUCCUCCCGACUCGUUGA